AUGAAGAACGGUACUCAUAUUUUACUGAAGUCUCAGACUGUGCCUGCUUGUCUUGGAAGACUUGUGAAGCGGAGCCCUUCUCCGACGCUUUGUCUGUCGAUUGCCUUGGAAGGGAGUUGUAUUUUUCUGUCGCCCUGUUACCGUGGAGGCCACGGCGUGCUGCUCUCCUGGGUCCUGAACGUCGAGCGCAACGGUGUGCGGGCACCUGCCGCUCUCCGUGGUGCUGAACGUGGGGCCGCCGCCACCUUUCUUUUUCCUUCACUAGCACUGAUGUCAAAAGCAAGUAUUGACAUGCGGAAAAGACUCUAUAACUCGAGAAGUUAUAAAGUAAUAUAUGCUUUGAACACUAAAAAUGAUGAACAUGAAGCUGCUAUCCAAGCCCUUAAGGAUGCUCAUGAGGAAGAAAUUCAGCAAAUUCUUGCAGAGACCAGAGAGAAGAUAUUGCAGUAUAAAAGUAAAGUUGCCGAAGAAAUGGAUCUCAAGAGAAAGAUACAAGUUUUAGAAGAGUCACUGGAAGAUCAUAAAAAGAUGAAACAUCAGGCCUUGACAGAAUUUGAAGCCUACAAAGAUAGAGUUGAAGAUAUGCAGCUUUGUGCAGAAGCUCAGCAUGUCCAACGUGUAGUGACCAUGUCAAGAGAAGUAGAAGAGAUCAGAAAGAAAUUUGAAGAAAGGCUACGAAGUUUCAUACAAUUGCAAGUGCAAUACGAGAAAGACAAACGUACGGCUCUGGAAGAUUUGAGAGCUGCCCACAGGCUUGAGAUUCAAGAACUUCUGAAGACUCAACAGAGUCAGAAUGCUACUUUAAGUAAGGGGCAAGAAAAGCUGGAGGAAUUGCACAGACUGGAGCUGGAAGACUUGAACAAUAAAGUUGAAGAGUUAAGGCUGGAAAGAAAAAAACUCAUUGAGGACUAUGAAGGGAAACUCAGCAAGGCCCAGUCCUUCUAUGAACAUGAACUUGAUUCUUUGAAAAGGUCUCAGCUCUUUACAGCAGAAAGUCUGCAUGCUUGCAAAGAAAAAGAAGUGGAGCUAAGAAAAGAAUUUCAGAACCAGGAAAGUAUUUUACGGAAGAAUCUGGGAAAGCUUAAAACUGAAUUGCAAAUGGUCCAGGAUGAAGCUGCCAGUCUAAGAGAAAAAUGCCAAAAACUUCAGGUGGCUCUAGGUACAGCAGAAAACAAUGUGCAGGUUCUUCAGAAACAGCUAGAUGAUGUGAAGGAGGAGGAGAUGUCAUUGUUAAGCAAACACAAAGAAGUGGAAAGUGAGCUAGCAGCUGCUAGAGAGCGCUUACAGCAGCAGGCCACUGAUCUUGUUCUCAAAGCCA